UGGAGCUGGAGGGGUCCGGGUUCCUCGCACCCAUCCGAUCCGCCUCCAGUUACAGCUACACCCCUGAGGAGGCAGGCUCUGGCUGCCGAGUAAGAGCGCACAGGCUUGCAGCUUGUGUGUUCACUUCAGAAGUCAUUCAGGUACUUCGCGCCAAGAAGAGGCGCAGCGCCCAGAGGAGCAGAAAAGGACUCGCCGCUUCCACCGCCGGGCGAGCAGGCGAGCUCGCUCUGCUCGCGCGCGCCUCGUGACCCAUCUUCCUCCUCUCUCCUGUCAGGAUUCCGCUAUCUGACUCUGGCAGCUUCGGUCUGGACUGGGGCACGCCCCUCCUCCUCCUCCUCCCGCUCCUCUGGGGCGGGAGCCUGUUUGGGUCGGCAACAGCUGCUUGCGUUGCGAUUCCGAAGAAGAUGGAGGGUUACGGGUUAUUUCUGGUUUUCUUCUUGUGGGCGCUGCUGUCCGGCUUCGUCUCUGUGGUCUUCGCCCUGGUCUGGGUCCUCCGCUACCGGGAAGGGCUCGGCUGGAACGGGGCUGCCGAGGAGUUUAACUGGCACCCGGUCCUUAUCAUCACGGGCUUCGUCUUCGUCCAAGGGAUCGCAAUUAUUGUGUACAGAUUACCAUGGACCUGGAAAUGCAGCAAAUUCCUGAUGAAAUUAAUCCACGCUGGGUUAAAUACCAUUGCUCUGACACUUGCAAUUAUUGCUUUGGUGGCUGUCUUUGAUUUCCAUAAUGCUCAGAAGAUUCCGAACAUGUACAGUCUGCACAGCUGGAUUGGGCUGAUUGCUGUCAUUUUUUAUGCAGUACAGCUUGUUCUAGGUUUCCUGGUCUUCCUUCUUCCCUUUACUCCCGUUUCUCUUCGGGCAAUUGUUAUGCCAAUACAUGUCUAUUCUGGCCUUCUCAUCUUUGGAACAGUAAUUGCGACAGCACUUAUGGGAAUUACAGAAAAACUUAUUUUUGCUUUGAAAUCGCCUUCAUAUAGCAAAUCCCCAGAAGAAGCUAUUUUUGUCAACAUCCUUGGCGUUUUGAUUUUGGUCUUUGGUGCUAUCGUUUUGUGGAUAGCCACAAGGCCUGAUUGGAAGCGUCCACUUGAGCAGAACUUAAAAAUCCACGAGCAUAGUGGAGAAGCAUCAGAUGGUAAUACAAAUAACUCUAACGCGAUGGAGAUCAGCAGUGAAGCAGCGGCCAGAAAACGAAAUCUCAACUUUGAUGAGGCUGGACAGAGGUCAACCAUGUAAAAAGAGUGGAUGUUGUAGCAGUAGAUCUCACAGUGUCUCAAAGGGCCUGCUUGUUUUCCUUUCUCCCCCGACCCCCACAGCCAUUCUGUACAGUAUCUAUUGCUUGCCUAGUAUUUUAUUUUUGAAAGAUUGAUAUGGUUUGCUAAGGGUUUUGAUUGUAGAAGAAAUUGUACUUGUAACUAUUGAUCAAAAGAAAUGUGGGACUGGAAUGAAAUGUGUUGGUCUUCCACUGACAUGUCCUUUAAUCUUAAGCAAUGUGCCAGCAGGUUUCUUUGAGGAACAGCCUGCCAACAUAGUGUUCAUUUCUUUGUGCUUCCUCCACCCCAUUUUAAAAUUCAUUCUUUCUUCUCCCUCCCGCCCCACCCCCAAAAUAAAAAAAUAAAAAUCACCAUGGCAAUUUUCACUGAAGUAUUUUUAAGGGGUUUUGUGACUGUCAGAAGGAUCACUAGAAAUGCAGCAUAAACAACUUAGUAUAAGAAAAGUCAUUUUAGAAGACAGGAAAGUUGCUUUCAGAAAAAUAACAUUAUCAAGAUUUCCAGAAUCACCAUAAUAUAACUGUUAGCCCAGAUAGUUUAAAGUCUACUACUGCUAAUGCAGUCAUGGAAGUGUUGGCACAGUUUUGCUUGUGCCAUGAUAUAAUUCGCUAAAAUAAUUCCAGCACAGUGAUGGAAUUGUAUCACUAUUUCUCUCUAUCUGCAGCCCUCACCAGUUUCUCACAAACUUUGGCACUUCACAUAAUCCUCUGGAUCCCACAUAUUUGUACCCUAACAGUAUUGGGGUAUGUAAUCUCUAACAGGGCAAAGAAGGAUCUUUGCUAAAUAGAGCUCCCUCUAUUUAGCAAGGGUAUAGCAGAUGUCCUAUUGAAUUCUUGUUGCAAAGCAGCAUAUAUUAAUAAGCCAUCACCACUGCUGUUACACAGCAGCCAAUCAUAUUUCUGCACAUAUCCCACCGAAAUGAAUAUAGCUGUCUUGGCCACGGUGUUUGAAUAAAAUGAUCGCUUUCAUUUGGUCCCAUUGCAGUCUCAAAAAAAUGGAAAAUGUGGAAGAAUGCUCUUUUUUUAAAUGGUUAGUGAAUUGCACUGUAAAACUGCACUCUUGAAACAUUUGUGGAGUACGCCGUUAAAGCAGAUGACAAGUGAAUUCUGCAUGUGAUUUGCAUGAUUCUGUACUUCAGCAACCCAUAAAACUGGAGUACUGUAACUCUGUUCCAUUAUUAGAUUAGGCAAACGCACUUGGUCUUGGGUCAUCUAUAGCCAGCACUGUGUUUCCUCUUUACUAAGGGGCCAAACUAGAUGAGAUAUUAAAUGUGUCACCAUCUAGCUUGCAUUUUACUUUAAAAUUUCAGUGACUCUCUUGGGGGUCCAUAGCAGCUUCAGAGGAAAACUUCAGGCAGGAAAGCCACAUGCAAGUAAAGAGUUAAAUGCCCCUUUCCUCUAUACAGUGCCCUAAUCCAGUCCCACCUCCACGUGACUGCUAUUUUUACUUCAGAGUAAACCCAAACUAGAACAUGAAGCACUCUUCACCAUAACAAAAUGUGAUUAUGGAUUUUUACUGAUUUAUGCCACUGCAUUAAAUUCUAGGUCUACUGAAUCAAUAAGAAUUGUCAUGGAUUCAGUGGAGCUACUUCCUUCCAAUAUUCUGAAAACAAACUAUUUCUCGCUCUUUUUCUUCAGGCAAUGCAAAUUUAACUUUUCUUUUUGAGAUGGCUUAGGAAAGGAUUUAUGUCAUAUUGCUGCUAGUUCUUGUUUAAAAACUUACAAGUGCCUUUGGAGGUUCUAAUGAAUGUGUACGAUGUUAAUAUGUACAUCAUUAAUCAUUCUUUCUUGCAUGAUCAGACUUGGGCAGGGCUCUUAUGAAAAGAUGAUUUAGGCAUAUGUAUAUGUUUUGACCCUUCCUUUCAAAGUAUUGGAUGUCAUCAUUUUACUUGUGUUUCUCUUCCACCCCAAAUUUGCCAAAGGUUCUGUGUUGUGUGAAGUUCAAGCAAAAUAGAAACAUUUUGUGCUGUGUUAAGUAUGCUCCAUCUAUGUUCUGUUGGUACUAGAAGUAAUUUGCUUGGCAUGCAGACAAAAGAGUAACCACUUCUGUUUGUAUUGCAAACACCAAUCUGUAGAUGCUCUGUUGCGUUGUGUUGGAAAUUCUUUAAGCUAAACAAACCAUAAUGCCUUUAAUUAUCUGGCUGCUAUUUAUAGGAUCCAAGUUAAGCUAUUAUGUUGCUUCUUGAAAGAUGUUUUUACAAGACCAGCGACAGGAGUAUUGAGAUGUAUUUGGCCUUCUUUAUAUUAAACACCUUAAACAGAAGCCUGGAAGAGAGGCCUUUAUUCUGAAUGCCUUCAUUUUUAAAAAAAAGUUUCAGGAAGUAUUGUAUACAUUUGUGGAAAGUAGAGAAACUAUCCUAAUUCUUGGUGAUGUUAAGCAGUAUUUUGAGCAAGUCAUUUUUAAGGUCUUAAGCUCAAAUUUUGAAAAGAUUUUACUGAAAUUUUCUCAAAGGACUGUCUGUUCUAAACUUAUUUCUGCAGUAUUUCAUGACACAUAACUGGAAAUCUAGAAAAACUUAUCAAAAGUAAAUUAACGUGCUACCUGGAAAAAUGCAAUUUGCAGAAAAAUCAAAAUUGCAAAUGGAUCUUGGGGACCAAAUUAACAUUUGUCUCCUUUCUAAGCUGUCGUGAAAUUUUUAUGUGGUGGUCGCCAUUCAGUUUUUAUAGCUGAGUACAGUAUGGGUUUUUUGUGCCACUGGCCUUUGUUUAAAUCCAAAUAGAAAUAAUGGCAUAUUGAGAAGUUUUUUUAAAAUGGUCUGGAUGGUGGCAUAGUGGCUAUGGCACCUAAUCUUUCAUCUUACUAUGAUACAGUUUGGUUUAAUUGUGUUGCUGCUGGUAGGUAUGGGGUUCUGGUUAUAUUGGUAGUCCCAUGUCUGGGCAGGUUUCCAACUGGAACACAGAGUUUGGUGGAAUAGCUUUAUACUCAUUUAAAUACUCCCCUCUAUGGGGGGAGAGGAAGUAAAUUUCCUGUAAAUCUCCCAUGCUAGAAGCCACGUCUGCAGUUUUGGGUAGCUGAUUUGCCGGCAGUUGCGAUGCUGUGAGCCAGCAGGAGAUAAAUCUUAGCAUGGAGGGUAAGCUUGGAUAUCUUUUGUGGUUAGCUUCUAGGCUAAUGGCUUUUGGGAAGUAAUACUGCCUCCCGUGUUAGUAUUUGGCAGGGGGUGGAUCUAAGGCCAUCUCAAGUUUGCUCAGGGGCCUAUGCGAUAUUUGGCAAGCCCUGUUUCUAGCUGAACUGCCAUAGUGCUAAAAAUUUAUAAUGUGUUAGCCUUUAUUAGCAUUUUUAUACCAACAGUUGCCUUUUUAUAUAAAACCAUAGUUGAAUGUACAACAGAUAUAUGUAAAUUUAUCAUAUAGUAUAAUUGCAUACAGUAUUGUAAAUAGGAAUAGCAGGAAUGCAUAUGGCAAUUAUAAUUUGACUUCUUUUAUUCAGAGGGAGACUAAGAUAUUAGAAAAUAUUUCAUUGCAAAAAAUUUCUUUAAUGUGUUUAGGAAUUUGAAAUCCAUUUGAAAGUGUGUAUUAUUUUGUUAGUACUUCGCAGAACAAUUUUUUUGUAACAAUGUAUUGCUGUUUUAUAUUGCAAUAAAAGCAACUGGAAAUCU